CAGGCAACGGGGAUUUCUAAGGCAGAUCUCUGACAGAGCUGGCUCCUCCCCUGAGUUUCAGUUUCUGUUUCCGAUCUCAGCACAACCCCGGGCGGGCGACCAACACCAGGCAUUGGGGCUAACCACCCUCUGUGCCUCGGCAGGUGGUGCAGAUAAGAACUGGCAGGGGUCAGGUGUAGUCUGUGUUACUCGUCUCCCCUUCAGAUGAUCAGAUCAGAUUCCAGAAGGGAGCUGCGACCCUACCAGUGGGAGGUGAUCAUGCCUGCCCUGGAGGGCAGGAAUAUCAUCAUAUGGCUGCCCACGGGGGCUGGGAAGACCCGGGCAGCUGCUUAUGUGGCCAAGAGGCAUCUAGAGACUGUGGACGGAGCCAAGGUGGUCGUACUGGUCAACAGGGUGCACCUGGUGACCCAGCAUUGCGAGGAGUUCAGCCGCAUGCUGGACAAACGCUGGACCAUUACAACCCUGAGUGGGGACAUGGGGCCACGAGCUGGCUUUGGCCACCUGGCCCGGAGCCAUGACCUGCUCAUCUGCACAGCCGAGCUGCUACAGAUGGCACUGACCAGCCCCGAGGAGGAGGAGCACGUGGAGCUGAACGCCUUCUCCCUGCUUGUGGUGGAUGAGUGUCACCACACGCACAAAGACACCGUCUACAACAUCAUCCUGAGCCGGUAUCUACAGCACAAACUCCAGAGGACACGGCCCCUGCCCCAGGUGCUGGGUCUCACAGCCUCCCCAGGCACUGGUGGGGCGUCCACACUUGAUGGGGCGAUUGACCACAUCCUGCAGCUCUGUGCCAACCUGGACACGUGGCGCAUCAUGUCACCCCAGAACUACCGCCCCCAGCUGCAGGAGCACAGUCCUCAGCCCUGCAAACAGUACAACCUCUGCCACAGGCGCAGCCAGGACCCAUUUGGGGACAUGCUGAAGAAGCUCAUGGAGCGAAUCCACAACCGCCUGGAUAUGCCGGAGUUGAGCCGGGACUUCGGGACGCAGACUUACGAGCAGCAGGUGGUGGAGCUGAGCCAGGAUGCGGCCGAGGCCGGGCUCCAGCAGCGCCGGGUGUACGCGCUUCACCUGCGGCGCUACAACGAUGCGCUGCUCAUCCACCACACGGUCCGUGCUGUGGACGCACUGGCCUCGCUGCGGGAGUUCUACGACAGGGAGCGCGCCACUAAGACCCAGGUCCUGCAUGCCGAGCGCUGGCUGCUGGCACAGUUCAAUGACUACAAGAAUGAGCUGGCCGACCUGGCGACACGUAGCCCGGAGAACCCCAAACUGGAGAUGCUAGAACAGAUCCUGCAAGAGCAGUUCGGAAGCUCCGACGGCCGCCGGGGCAUCCUCUUCACCCAGACCCGCCAGAGCGCUCACUCUCUCCUGCUCUGGCUUCAGCAGCAGCCGGGCCUGCAGAUACUGGACAUCAGGGCUGACCUGCUGGUUGGGGCUGGGAACAGCAGCCAGAACACCCAUAUGACCCAGAGAGACCAGCAAGAAGUGAUCCGGAAGUUCCGGGCUGGCAUCCUGAACCUCCUGGUGGCUACAAGCGUGGCGGAAGAGGGGCUAGACAUCCCCCAGUGCAAUGUGGUGGUGCGCUAUGGGCUCCUGACCAACGAGAUCUCCAUGGUCCAGGCCAGGGGCCGUGCCCGGGCUGGUCAGAGUGUGUACUCGUUUGUGGCGACCCAAGGCAGUCGGGAGCUGCGGCGGGAGCUGACCAACGAGGCGCUGGAGACUUUGAUGGAGCGGGCCGUGGCUGCCGUGCAGAAGAUGGAUGAGGCCGAGUACCAGGCCAAGAUCCGGGAUCUGCAGCGGGCAGCCCUGGUCAAGCGGGCCGCCCAGGCAGCCCAGCGGGAGAAUCAGCGGCAGCAGUUCCUGGCCGAGCAGGUGCAGCUUCUCUGCAUCAACUGCAUGGUGGCCGUGGGCCACGGGAGUGACCUGCGGAAGGUGGAGGGCGCCCAUCACGUCAACGUGAACCCCAACUUCUCGAUCUACUACACUGUCUCCCGGGGGCCUGUGGUCAUCGACAGAACCUUCAAGGACUGGAAGCCUGGGGGUGCCAUUCACUGCAGGAACUGUGGGGAGGCCUGGGGUCUGCAGAUGAUCUACAAGUCAGUGAAGCUGCCAGCGCUCAAAGUUCGCAGCAUGCUUCUAGAGACACCCCGAGGGAGAGUCCAGGCCAAGAAGUGGUCCCGCGUGCCCUUCCUCGUGCCUGACUUUGACUACCUGCAACACUGUACCCAGAACCUGUCUGACUUCACCCUGGAUUGAGCCUCCUGUCCCUGCAGUGCCUGGCUCAGGCUGCAGGGGGCAGGAGAAUCCGUAGCAGCUGCCGUCUUCCACGGGGCGAAGCCCGGGCCCAGGCCCCUCUUGUCUGAGUCACCAGCUCGGGGCGUUUUGCUGACCAGCCACAGACAACCCGGGCACCCAGGCUGGCUGACACUCCCACGCCAAGGAAGCAACUGGAGAGCCACAGCUCAGCCUCAGUCUCCCUGCACACUCACAGAUACUCCAGUGCACUAGAUGGACGUGCGGGUUGGGGGGCAUUGGGAGGGAAACUGAGGCAGGAGGCUAGCCCCACUAAACUAGCAAUCACCACAACUUCCCUUGACCCCCUGACAUUCCUUCCCUGCCAAGGCCACUUCUAUUUUUGGAGGCUCCUCAUAAAUUGAAAAUAAAGAAGUAGAAAAUUGGUGU